CAAACCAAGAACAUACGACGAAUAACCCCUUUAUUCACAUCACAAUCCACGGUUAGAAGAGAAUCGCAGAGCAAGCAAGAGAUGACGGGAGGGAUAGAGGAGCAGAUGCAGCUUCUAAGAUCCAGGGCCGCAGAGCUUUCCCUCAGGGAGGACUGGAAGGAAUACAUCAACCUCUACAGCCACCUCAUCUCCCUCUGCGACCACCACCACCACCACCACCACCACUCACCCGGCAGCGACGCCAAGCUCCACAAGACCCUCUGCUUAGCCCUCUCCAAUCGGGCGGAGGCACGGUCACGGCUUCGGGAACUCUCUGGUGCAUUGGAGGACUGUGAUCGCGUGCUCGAGAUCGAUCCUACCCACCUCAAGGCCCUCAUUUGCAAGGGCAAGAUCUUGCUCGAUCUCGACCGGUAUACGCAAGCGUCCGACUGCUUCCAACGGGCUCUUGUCUAUCAGGGAACGGGCAACGCCGAAGCUCUUCGAAGGCUCUUGGAGCGGUGCAGGAGAUUGGAGGCCCAGUCCAGAACAGGCUCUCUGGAUAUUUCAGACUGGUUGCUGAACGGCUUUGGUGGAAAUCCUCCCGAGCUCGCUGAAUAUGUUGGUCCUGUCGAGGUCCGGAGAUCGGCCAAUGGUGGAAGGGGGCUCUCUGCCACCAAGAGCGUCGAAGCUGGAACGCCGCUGGUGAUAACGAGGGCGAUUGCGAUUGGAAGAGGGAUUCUGCCGGAGAAGGCCGGUGGGUCUGGCGAGAGCGCCAGAAUGGUGAUGUGGAAGGAUUUCGUGGACAAGAUUUUCGAUGCUACGGAGAAAUGUAGCAGGACCCUCUAUUUGAUCUAUACAUUGUCUGCAGGAGAUGAGGAAGGUGAUCCGGGGAUUCCUGACAUGGGACUCUUUAGUCCAGAAGCGUCAAAGGAGAGCUUCUUUCUCGAGAACAAAGAGCCAGAUGUGGACAAGAUCUUGAAGGUCUUGGAUGUGAAUUGUCUAACUGAAGAGGCAUUCUCUGCCAAAGUCCUUGGGAAGAACAGCGGCUACUGCGGCUUCGGGCUGUGGAUAUUGCCUUCCUUUGUGAAUCACUCGUGCUGUCCCAAUGCGAGGAGAUUGCACAUUGGUGAUCGGGUGGUGGUCCAUGCUUCCAGGGAUGUGAAGGCAGGGGAAGAGAUCACCUUUGCCUACUUCGACGUGCUCUCGCCGCUGAGCAAGCGAAGAGAGAUGAUGUCUAAAAGAUGGCAAUUCCAUUGCCAUUGUGAGAGGUGCAGAUUUGAGGAGAAGGUUUUUUUGGUGCAGGAGCUGAGGGAGAUCGAAAUGGCACUGGAAAGCGGGUCCGAUGCUGGGGGAGUGGUGGCAAGACUGGAGGAAGGGAUGAGGAAAUGGAUGGUGAAAGGAAGGGAGAAAGGGUUCCUGAGAGCAUCCUUUUGGACUGCUUACUCUGGUGUUUACGAGUCAGAGAAGUUGAUAAGGAAGUGGGGGAGGCAAGUUCCAGCUGAGGCCGUGGUGGCAGAGAGUGUGGCAGAGGCUGUGGGAGGGGAUGAAAGAGUCCUGAAGGUACUGCUGGGGAGAUUAAAGAAAAAGGGAGGCAUUGGUGGCAGUGCUGGUGGUGGCCUGCAGAUGGAGAGGGCAAUGAGGCUGGGGAGAGGGACAUACGGGAAGGUGGCGAAAAAACAAGGUAUGAGAACUCUACUUGAGCUUGCAUUAGCAAGCAAUGCCCAUUAGAUUUUGCUUUUAUUUUAGUUUAGCAAACAUGGUCAAGGAAUUUUG